GGUGAGCCGGUAAAGCUGAACUGUGACCGGAUUAACUACCGACACCUCGGCAUCCCGAGCACCGGCCCUCAGACGGAAUUCGAGUACCAUGCAUUGUCACAAGAUCUUCACAUCAGUCAUUUUAUGUGGCCUGGUGUCUGUAGUGUUAAUAUUGCCUGCAAUUGCAGAAGAGCUCAUGCAUCCAAGAGUAGAAGAAGCUGACGCCCACCCUGGAUCGCGCUUUGAUAAGAAUGUUGUUCAUGACAAAGACCAUAUCAUGGAACACUUAGAAGGAGUUGUUGAAAAGCCGCAGUCCGAGAUGUCUCCUCAGGAAUUGCAACUUCACUAUUUUAAAAUGCAUGAUUAUGAUGGCAAUAAUUUAUUAGAUGGCCUUGAGUUGGCAACUGCAAUUUCACACGUACAUAAAGAGGGUGGCGAUGAACACACACAGUCCAUAAAAGAGGAAGAACUAAUUAAGUUAAUAGAUGAAGUUUUGCGAGAUGAUGAUAAAAAUAAUGACGGAUAUAUCGACUAUGCUGAGUUUGCCAAAUCAAUGGAAUAAAGACCUUGGAUUGUGCUUUUUUUUUUUUUUUU